AGGGAAGGAGGUUGAAGGCUGUCCUUUGUCGCCACUCCCUGUGGUCACCAUAAACCACCCACUACAUGUCAUCACCUCACCUCCACCCUGGGCCUGGCAUUGUCCUUCUUCAAGGCAAAGGUCUCUGGGGUCCUUUAUAUAGCUGAUCCCUUCUUGGGAGGCUCUCACUUCUUGGUCCUUCCUGACGAGGGAAGACGGUGUUGCCUGGGUCCCUUCCGGGAGAUGCUGGUGAUCUGGAUCCUGCCGCUGGCUCUCCGGCUCUGGGCAUCUGCCACCACCCUUGCUGCAACAACACAGACACAGAGCACAUCAGGAAUACCUGAUACAACUUCAACACCAAGGUUAGUUAGCCAAGGUUCAAUACACAACGGAGUGUCUGAACAUGGAUCCUCCACACCAAAACCUGAUGAAAACACUACAAACUUCGAGAAGAGCCCAGGUUCGAUUCACACCACAGUGCCACCUGACAUCUCUACAAACCCACUCCUCAAUGAAAUAGAGACCACAUUAAGCGGCAGCCCAGGCUCAACUCCCAAUAUGGUGCCAUCUGGGAGCUCCGCUGUCCCAGGUGCUGGUGGGAGAUCUAUGAUAUACCCUAGCAGCCCCAGCACCUCCCAAACGACAGUGUCACUUGCCGAUUCAAUGACUCCUGGACACAGCGAAUCCACAAACUCAACAAGCAGCCCAGGGUCAAAAGAUCAAACAGCGUUUCCUGAAACCUCCCCAAUGGCAGGUACCAGUAAGACAUCUAAACCCAUCACAGGCACUGAAGUCUCACUGCAGAACACCGGGUCAGCUGCUGACUCUUCCAUACCAGGCCUCAGUGAAGGAUCUACAAGCGCCUCAAUGAGCCCAGCUUCUCCUCUCCCAACCAUGUCCCUUGGGAGGUCUGGUAACAUAGACCUCAGUGGGGGAUACACAACCCCCUCAGGCAGUGCAGCGUCACCACACAGCGCCGUGUCAACUGCUGGCUCUUCCACACCAGGGCUCAGUGAAGGAUCAAAAAGCGCCUCAAGGAGCCCCACUUCUCCUAUCUCCACAGUGUCCCCAGGGAACUCUGGCACUCCAGCCCUUGGAGCAGGAUCCACAACCCCCUCAAGCAGUGCUGUCUCUCCUCACAACACCGUGUCACCUGCUGACUCUUCUACACCGGGCCUCAGUGAAGGAUCUACAAGAGCCUCAACGAGCCCCACUUCUCCUCUCUCCACAGUUUCCUCUGGGAGCUCUGGGACCCAAAGUCUAGGGGGAGGAUCCACAACCCCCUCAGGCAGUACAGGGUCACCACACAGCACCGUGUCAACUGCUGGCUCUUCCACACCGGAGUUUGGUGAAGGCUCUAGCCCGGCUUCUCCUCUCUCCACAGUGUUCCCUUGGAGCUCUGGCACCACAGGCCUCAGUGGGGGAACCACAAUCCCCUCAAGCAGUGUAGGCUCACCUCACAGCACUGUGUCAGCUGCUGGCUCUUCCACACCAGGCCUCAAUGAAGGAUCUACAAGUGCCUCAACCAGCGGCUUCUCCUGUCUCCACAGUGUCCCCUGGGAACUCUGUCACCCCAGGCCACAGUGCGGGAUCCACAACCCCCUCAAGCAGUGCUGUCUCACCUCACAGCACUGUGUCAGCUGCUGGCUCUUCCACAACAGGCCUCAGUGAAGGAUCCACAAGUGCCUCAAUGAGCCCGGCUUCUCUCUCAACAGUGUCCUCUGGGAGUUCUGUCACUCCAAGCCCUGGCGGGGAAUCCA